AUGGUGUCCAUUCCUGCUCUACAGAUGAAACCGAUUUACUGGUCCCCUGUGAAUGACAUCGCCGUGGUACUCCGUGCUACAUGGUUCUACAGAGAUACAAUGCUUCCAAUUCCGCCAGCAGUAGCGAAUCAACUAGAAGCUGGAUACCGAGAGCUGCAACCGCAUACUGAGACCUGGAGCGAUGAGCUUCGCUGUGCGAUUGAAGUCGGUCCGCUUGGCGAAGAAAAAGUGUCGCAUCGUCUCUGGCCGGAAGAUGUGGAAAAUCUGAGCGAUGGCGACAAGCAGACCGUCUCAGACCCCCGAAUUUCAACAGAUCCGUUCUGUGCUGCUAGCUGCUAUCGUGGAGAAGCUGCGGCUGAAGGAUCCGUCGAUCCAACUCCAAAGUCUGCCAGCACGAUGCCGCAUCGAAGUUACGCCAGCUACCACGUCAUUUACAAGGACGCUUCCCGAGCCUUCCUCUUGAAACCCAGUUUAAAACCAUCGGCCUACUAUGGGAGACGGCCAGUAGCUAAGAUUAUGAAGGGAAUGACUAUCGGCAUCCCUGUAGUUCGUGGCUUUGAUCGGGAGACGUGGGAACGCAUCCACGACAAGAAGGGUAGGCGCGACACAAAUUCUCAGUCAGAAUCUCCUACGAGCGACCCUGCUGAAAGCGUCGGGCAGGACGUUUUAUGUCCAGCUUGUAAGGCAGAAAAGGAGAAGGGCCAGGUUACCGACCUUGUGAUGGUUGUACAUGGCAUAGGGCAGAAGUUUGCUGAGCGAGUCGAAAGCUUUCACUUCACGCACGCCAUCAACGCAUUUCGCCGGGAAGUCAAUAUGGAACUGUGCAAUCCGGUGGUUAAGGGAGUCUUGAGAGACGACCAGAACGGAAUCAUGGUACUUCCGAUAAACUGGCGCCACACUUUGUCAUUCGAAGACGGUGGCCCGAUGACGGAAGAGGACAAGGCAACCCACGUGCCUGAUGGGUUCAGCCUCAAGGACAUCGAACCUGGCAGCAUCCCGGCCGUGAGAAGCAUGAUCUCUGAUGUCAUGUUCGAUAUUCCAUUCUACAUGUCCCAUCACAAGGGCAAAAUGAUCAAGGCGCUUGUUACGGAGGCCAACCGCGUAUACCGGCUGUGGUGUCGCAACAACCCUGGUUUUGCUGAGAAGGGGCGUGUCCAUCUGAUCGGGCAUUCUCUUGGCAGUGCCAUGGCGAUUGACAUCUUGUCCCGACAACCCACACGAGUUCCUAGAUUGGACAUGUCCAUCAAAUUGCCAGGAGCUGAUUUCUUCGAGUUUGAUACCAACAACUUGUUCCUCGUCGGAAGCCCGGCCGGAUUCUUCCUGCUUCUCGAGAGAGGCAUGCUCCAACCUCGGCGUGGCCGGAUCAAACCUGGCGCUGAUCAGAGCGAUAUACACGCACCGGAUGUUACGGGACAAGUUGGCCGGUUCGGGUGCAUUGCAGUAGACAACAUCUACAACGUGCUGGCUAAGGAGGACCCAAUCGCCUACCUACUCAACGGCACAAUAGACCCGGUAUAUGCUUCAAGUCUCAAGACGGCUCAUGUUCCCUCGACCACCAGUUCCAUCUUCAAGUACGUUGGCAACGCCAUGCGAAGUCUUGUGCCAGGCGCAACCCCAAGCCCCGCGACUAUCGAGCCAGCGGUCACGCCCAAGCCCUCCGUCGUGCGUUUGCCGUCACAGCUCGAGUUGGAGGUACACGAUUUCACGCGUGAGGAGAUUGCAGAGAGAAAGGCGUACUUGUUGAACGACAAUGGCCAAAUUGAUUACUAUCUCAGAUAUGGCGGUGGGCCUCUGGAGAUCCAGUACCUCAAUAUGCUGAGCGCCCAUACGUGCUACUGGACGAGCCAGGAUUUCAUUCGUAUGCUGUGCAUGGAGGUUGGGAGGAAGCCUGGGAGACAAAACACGAUUCCCGCCAUGAGGGCUCAGAAGGCAACCAAAAGGAUCAUCGUUAACUAG